CUCGCAAUAAUGACAAAUUAGUCACUCUGGCAGAAGUGUGACGUCACUCGACUUUUUAUUCGGCUUGGACUGCGAGGGAGCGGGCCUUACAGUCUCAUUCACGCAGAGCUCGUGCGCGGACGAGAACAGAAUUGAAACAACUCGUUCUUGGUUUUUCACGUGUGCUCUCAUUGCAUCUCAUACAAGCAGCAAAAUAUGCCGCCGAUCGGUUGCACCGCCGAUUUCUUCAACCACGCCGCCGAACACUUCAACGGCAACUUUUACGUCGAUUCGUACGUACCGUCCGGACAGUGGGACAUGAAAGCAAACCCGGAUUCUCCCGAGUUGGGAAACUUCACCAUCAUGAACAGCGGCUCGUCCUCGCCGACCGGCCAGGUGCACUCGCCAGGGAGCAACCCUCCGCAGGGUCUGAUUCAACAGCAGUGCGCCAUCUGCGGUGACAGGGCCACUGGAAAGCACUAUGGCGCCUCUUCUUGCGACGGCUGCAAGGGCUUCUUUAGGCGCAGCGUCCGCAAAAAUCACCUGUACACCUGCAGAUUCAGUCGAGGUUGCGUUGUAGACAAGGACAAGCGAAACCAAUGCAGAUACUGCCGUCUGCGAAAGUGCUUCAAAGCUGGCAUGAAAAAAGAAGCCGUACAAAAUGAGCGUGACAGGAUAAGUUGUCGGCGUCCUAGCUACGACGAGUCCUCCGUCGGAAAUGGUCUCUCGGUGGCUUCACUCCAAAACGCAGACUUGCUCUCACGCCAAGUUGGUGCAGCCCUCGAGAUAAACUGCACUGAAAAUGAGAUCUCAAACAGAAAAAUCGCCAACAUCACUGACGUGUGCGACUCGAUGAAACAGCAGCUGCUGAUGCUGGUGGAAUGGGCCAAGUACAUUCCCGCCUUCACCGAGCUGCCCCUGGACGACCAAGUGGCUCUUCUCAGGGCGCACGCUGGUGAACAUCUUCUUCUGGGCCUUGCGAGACGUUCCCUUCAUCUCAAGGAGGUGCUCCUGCUCGGUAACAACUGCAUCAUAACCAAAUACCCAGCAGAGUCUGGAAUGUCUUCAGACCUUGACAUUAGCCGUGUUGGCUGCAGAGUUAUGGACGAGCUGGUCAAGCCUUUGGCAGAGGCCAACAUCGACGACACAGAAUUCGCUUGCCUCAAAGCGAUAGUCUUUUUUGAUCCAAAUGCAAAAGGCUUGAAUGAGACAGCGCGGAUAAAGGCGAUGCGCUACCAGGUGCAAAUCAACCUGGAGGACUACAUCAGUGAUCGCCAGUACAACUCAAGAGGCCGCUUCGGGGAGCUGCUUUUGACCCUCCCGGCACUGCAGUCCAUCACUUGGCAGAUGAUUGAGCAAAUCCAGUUUGCCAAAUUGUUUGGCGUUACUCGAAUUGACUCUCUUCUGCAGGAGAUGCUUCUUGGAGGGGCUACGAAUGAGUCUGUCCCCAAUGGGUCCGCCACUUUAGGACUCACGCAGAGUAUGAACGGCAGCGCAGUUGUGCACAACUACGGCACAGCUCUCAGUUCUCCUGGGACGGACGUCGAUGAUCCCUCCAGUCCGCCGCGAAGCAGUCUCGAGUGCAGUGACAUCGAGCAGCCUCCCACCAGUGGGGACGUAAUGAUUUUAGGCAACUCUCCCACUCACAACAGUGGCCACUUCCAAGGACUGAUGAGCACCUUCAAAAGAGAACUCCAGCCUAGCUCGCCCUAUUGACUCCGUUGCACCCACCCAAGGCACCAAGAGAAAUUUUAUUUAAUCAGGUGUAACACAAUGUUUAUUCCCUAGAGGAAAAAUUAUCCAUAUCAAACUUGCUCAAUGCUCUAAAGAGACUGUAAAUCUAUUAUUUUCUUUCAAAUUUUCUAAAAUGUCUGUAAACAUUUACAAAAAUGCACUAUAAAUUAGUAAAAUGACGAAUGUCCCUUUUUGUGCCGCACUGCCAAUUCGUCUGACCAUAAAUGGCCAUAAAUAUUUUUUUAUCAUGUUUUAUCAUUCACACAUAAAAUCAACGCCAUAAAAUAUGUAAAAUAUAUUUACGAGAAUGUUUUCAUAUGAACUGUUUUAAACUUAAAUGUUGCCAAAGGCCUUGAAAAAAAAUGCCAACAAAAAUCUACAAGUACAGGAUGCAAUAUUGAAAAAACCGAAAUAGGAUUAAAACAUAAGAAAAUAAGCUUAAUUAUUUUUGUAAAUAUUUUGUCUUUAUAUAUAAAUUUUUUUUCAAUUUGAUUUUUCUUGGAGAGAAAAGAAAAACUUUUUUAAGGAGUUGACCAUUUGUAAGUGUGAUGUACAUCAAAUUAAAAUUGAAUUUUUUAAAAAAGAAAUCAAAAUAAAAUUGGUGAAUACUAAAAUAUGAAAUUUUUAUGAUUUUAUAAAACUGCGGGGUAUAAUUAUGAUAAGUAUAUUGGUUCAAGU